UAAACCCGACGUGGCCAAAUCCAAGAUGGCAGACGCCGAACAAUCUCUUGUAAAUGGUGUCACAAAUCUUAGUGUCAACGGCAAUGAAAAGAGCAAAGAAAGUAUAGACGAAUUUGCGAAAGGUUGGGGAUUUCAACUUCCUGAGCUAUACAAACUAGCCGUUAGAUUUUACAAAGAGAAAAAUGGGAAAGCAUUGAAACUGAAAUACCAAGAUAAACUUCGAUUAGUGGCAUACACAAAACAGGCUACAUAUGGAAAAUACAGAAAUGAUGUGUCCCCUGAAGUGGGAUUUCUGGAUGUUGUGGGAAAUGACAGAAGGCAAGCCUGGCAGGCUCUUGGUGACAUGUCUCAGACCACUGCGAUGGCCGAGUUUGUGAAACAGUUAGACUCACUGUGUCCAUUGUUCAGGCCGUUCACUGAGGCCCACAAUGCUGAAAAACAGGAACAGGAGAGGAAAAGACAUGAGGAAGAGGAUCGUUUACGUAGAGAGGCGGAGGAGAAAGAGAGGCGGCGACUUGAGGAGGAGGCACAGCAACAGCUAGAGCUCCAGAAACAGAAACAGCUUGAGCAAGAGAUGCAGAUUCGAGCUGCUCUCAACCAGCAGACAGCUGUCCAGUUUGCCCAGUACGCCCAGCAACAGUGUCCCAAUAAUAAGCAACAAGUAAGUCACACUAAGUUAUCACAAUUUAUUAUCAUUGUUGACUGUUAAUUAGAUAGAAACACAAUGCAAA